GUCGCCACUCCAGUGGCCGAGUGCAAAACAAUGGGAGAAGGGUAGUGUGGUGAUCGACAAUGGUAAAUUAUGGUGAUCUGAGGUUUUCCACCCUAGAGAAGAUUCCCGCAGUAUGCGUCAAGUGUGUCUGUUGCGGUUGCGAUAAUAGCUGUCACCACCCGCACCAGCUGGCUGAAGGACUCGCAAACGUCGCAUCCGAUUCCUCGCCCCAAAAGAUGGCAAAACGGCAACUGUUCCUGAUGUCCUCGUCCGCCCUGCACGGGUACGAGUAUCUGCAGCAUGCGGAACAGGAUCUCACCCGGUUUCUGCAGAGCAACAAGGUGAAACAGGUCGUGUUCGUACCCUACGCUCUCACCGACCAGCAGGCGUACACGCGGCGCGUUGCCACCGUGCUCGAGCGCUGGGGAUUUGGCUGCGUUGGUCUCGAUGCGACCGCGGAUCCGGUGCAGGCGGUGCAGGAAGCGCAGGCGAUCUACAUUGGCGGUGGCAACACGUUCCUGCUGUUGCGCACGCUGUACGAGAAGCAGCUGGUAACGGUAAUACGCGAGCGUGUGCUGGAGCACGGCGUACCGUACGUCGGAAGCUCCGCUGGCACGAACGUGGCAACACGCAGCAUCCAGACGACCAACGAUAUGCCGAUCGUGUAUCCGCCCAGCUUCGAUGCGCUCGGGCUAGUGCCGUUCAACAUCAACCCGCACUACCUGGAGCCGGAGGAGGGCAGCAAGCAUCGGGGCGAGACGCGUGAUCAGCGAAUCCAGCAGUUCCACGAGCUUAACGAUGCGCCGGUGCUCGGAUUGCGCGAAGGUGCCUCGCUGCUGGUCGAAGGGAACCGCGCCACACUCGUCGGAACCUUCUCUGCGCGUCUAUUCCGCAAGGAUGCGGAUGCCCCAACGGAGCACGAACCGGGCACGGACUUUAGCUACCUGCUCUAGACCCCUGGACAAAUAUUUCUGAUCAGCGCGCAAAUAAACACUUCCCCCCCGUUCUCUGAAACCUCACAAA